ACAACCACUAGGCCGAGCUGGGUCAUGUGGUGGACGUUUUGUGGUUACUCUUCUGCAUCCCCGUCCGUGCUCUUGGUCGCUACGCCCAGCCGUUGACGUCUGCAACGGAUUCUGUGAUUUUUCUUCGCCCAGGAAAAGAAAGUUUUCAGGCGGCAUAAUGGCUAGCAAGCGUAUACAAAAGGAACUUCAGGAUCUGCAAAAGGAUCCUCCAACAUCAUGCAGUGCUGGGCCUGCUGGUGAAGAUCUAUUUCAUUGGCAGGCAACUAUUAUGGGCCCAUCUGACAGCCCAUAUACCGGAGGGGUUUUCUUUGUUAAGAUUCAUUUCCCUCCAGAUUAUCCAUUCAAACCUCCCAAGGUCAAUUUUCAAACUAAGGUUUAUCAUCCAAACAUCAACUCCAACGGCAGCAUUUGCCUUGACAUUCUGAAGGAACAAUGGAGCCCUGCGCUCACCAUAUCCAAGGUUCUCCUUUCUAUUUCCUCUCUCCUCACAGACCCUAAUCCCGACGAUCCUCUUGUCCCUGAGAUCGCCCAUAUUUACAAGAAUCAGCGCAGCCGAUAUGAGGAGACUGCGAGAGCAUGGACCCAAAAGUAUGCCAUGGGAUGAUACUGUAAAACUUAUCAUAAUAAUGUGUGUGAUCCUCUGAAAUCUCUAUGUUUGUUUACAAAGAACGAUUGGUGUGUAAUGUCAUGGAAGUGGAAACCCUUUUGGUGUUUGUAGACUUCGUUAUUUGAGAAGCAUUUGAUCUGCUUGUGGAAGAAGGAUUCUGUUAUGUUUCAAGUUCCUCCAGUUGUCCAUUGUAAGGGGUUUUCUUUCACCAACCUCUCAUAUUAGAUGCUUUUGUGACAUUUUCAUAUCAUAUUGGAAGUUGUAUUUAGAGUAUUUAGGGGGUCUCUAAUUCUGAAUGAAUAUUCAGGAAUUAAAA